CUCGGUAGGCGCUGAGGGGAAAGCGGAGCCGGGACCCUCCGUGGAGAAGUUUGGAAGCUGCCCCGCGGGCGAUCAGGGGGAGGAGCGGCCGCAGACCUCGGCGUCGGGAGCAUGAGCGGUCCGCCCCGGCCUCGCCAUUGCUGCUGCGCCCGCAGGAGGACAGGCCGGUGCCCGCGGCCCUGAGGGGGAUCGCUCCGCCGCGCCGGAGACUGCUCCCGUAGGACCCCGCAGCCCGUGGCUGCCCGCCCUUCUCUGAGGCGGCUCUGAGCCCUCUCCGCCCCUCAGGGCGAGACUGGACCAUUGCGGUCGGGUUCCUCGGAAGAGGAGGGGCGGCGGCCAGGAGCCCUCCGGGAUCCGCUUGGGACGACGCGGAGGCGGCUGGAAAGCCCCUCGCCUGAGGCGGCCGUUCCCACCGGCCCUCACCUCAGCUUCCCCCCGGCCCUCACCUCAGCUUCCCCCCGCGGGCGGAGCCGCAUGGGGGCGGUGGGAGCGGGGCCGGGGCGCAGCGGGCGAGGGGAGGCCCCGUGAGGGCAGCGGCCCUGCCGGCACCGCCGCGCGCGUCCCGUCCCCUCCCCGCCCUGCCCGGGCCCAGCUCCCGGCUCUGACGCCGGGCGGCUCCUCUCGUCUCCGAAGGAACUUUGCCGUGUGGGGCGAGGAUGGAUCCGGGCGGUCUGGAGUACUUCUGCGAGCAGGUACAGCAGAAGGACGUGGCCCGUAGGAUGCAGGUCGGGCAGGAGCUGCUGGAGUACCUGAACGACCCGGCGCGGUGCUCCGAGGUGGAGCAGGACCUGCAGCGCUUGGACAAGGUGAUCGACGAACUGACCGCAUGGGUCAACUCCAGCAACUUCAGGGUAGCACUACUGGGAUUAGAUGUUUUAGGUGCCUUUGUCAGCAGAUUAUCGGGACGCUUUAAUUCCUAUCUAGGAACUGUUCUCUUGCCUUUGAUCGAUCGCAUGGGAGAUGCCAAAGACCAAGUUCGGGAGCAAGCACAGAAUCUCAUAUUGAAAUUGAUGGACGAAGUAGCACCACCCAUGCACAUUUGGGAGCGCCUUGCUGUUGGUUUUAAACACAGGAACUACCGAUCCCGAGAAGGAGUGUGUUUGUGUCUUGUUGCUACCUUAAACAUUUACGGUGCACAAACAUUAACUCUCAGCAAGUUGGUACCACAUCUGUGUACAGCGCUUGGUGACUCCAAUAGUCAGGUGAGAGAUGCUGCCAUACUAGCCAUUGUAGAGGUUUAUCGGCAUGUGGGAGAGAAAGUACGACUAGAUCUUACGAAGAGAGGAAUUCCUCCUGGAAGGUUGCAAACAAUCUUUGCAAAAUUUGAUGAAGUAAGAAACUCUGGAAAUAUGAGUGUAAAUAGCAUCAGUGACAAAAGCUUCGAUGAUGAAGAGUCAGUGGAUGGAAAUAGGCCAUCAUCAGCUGCUUCAGCCUUCAAGGUUCCAGCACUUAAAAAGCCAGGAAAUCCUUCGAAUAGUGCACGGAAGCCAGGAUCAGCUGGUGGGCCUAAGGUUGGAGGUUCCUCGAAAGAAGGAGGAGCUGGAGCUGUGGAUGAAGAUGAUUUUAUUAAGGCAUUUACAGAUGUUCCUUCUGUACAGAUCUAUUCUAGUCGAGAACUUGAAGAAACAUUGAACAAAAUCAGGGAAAUUCUCUCGGAUGACAAGCAUGAUUGGGAUCAACGAACUAAUGCGCUGAAGAAAGUUCGGUCGUUGCUUCUUGCUGGAGCUGCACAGUAUGAUGGAUUUUUCCAGCAUUUACGUUUGUUGGAUGGUGCUUUCAAGCUGUCGGCCAAGGACCUGAGAUCCCAGGUGGUUAGAGAAGCCUGCAUUACUGUAGCCCACCUUUCAACUGUUUUGGGAAACAAAUUUGAUCAUGGGGCUGAAGCUAUUGUGCCUACUCUUUUUAACCUGGUUCCCAACAGCGCCAAAGUGAUGGCAACUUCUGGGUGUGCAGCCAUUAGAUUCAUUAUUCGGCAUACUCACGUGCCACGACUCAUACCUUUAAUAACAAGCAACUGUACCUCAAAAUCGGUUGCAGUUAGAAGGCGCUCCUUUGAAUUUCUAGACCUGUUGUUACAAGAGUGGCAGACACAUUCAUUGGAAAGGCACGCAGCUGUGUUGGUUGAAACGAUCAAGAAGGGCAUUCAUGAUGCUGAUGCAGAAGCAAGAGUGGAGGCAAGAAAGGCUUAUCUGGGUCUUAGAAAUCACUUUCCUAGUGAAGCAGAGACUCUGUACAAUUCUCUUGAGCCACCCUAUCAAAGAAGCCUCCAGACCUACCUGAAGAAUUCUGGCAGUAUUGCAUCUCUCCCUCAGUCAGACAGGUCAUCCUCCAGCUCACAGGAGAGCCUCAAUCGGCCUCUAUCUUCGAAAUGGUCUGCAGCCAACGCAGCAAGCCUGGCAGGCAGAGCUUCAGGCAGCAGCAAGAGCACUGCUGGCCCGGGUGCGCUGCAGAGGUCUCGCAGUGACAUAGAUGUCAACGCUGCUGCAGGUGCCAAGGCACGCCAUGCUGCUGGGCAGCCCACUGGAGCUGGGCGCCUCUUGGCAGCUGGGCUGCCCCCAGGCUCCUAUGCAUCCCUAGAGGAUACUUCUGACAAGAUGGAUGGAACAGCUUCUGAAGAUGGUCGUGUACGAACAAAGCUUUCAACACCUUCUGUUGGCAUUGGCAAUUCUAAAACAGAUUCAAGAGGACGGAGUAGAACCAAAAUGGUGUCACAGUCUCAGCCUGGCAGUAGAUCUGGGUCUCCUGGAAGAGUUUUGACAACAACCACGCUUUCCACUAUGAACACAGGAGUUCAGAGGGUGUUAGUGAAUCCUGCAUCUGCACAAAAACGGAGCAAAAUCCCACGAAGUCAGGGGUGCAGUAGAGAAGCAAGUCCUUCCAGACUGUCAGUAGCACGAGGCAGCCGCAUUCCUCGCCCUAGUGUGAGUCAGGGGUGCAGUCGGGAGGCCAGCCGUGAAAGUAGCAGGGACACGAGCCCUGUCCGCUCUUUCCCACCCCUGGCAGGUUCCAGCUUUGGAAUUAGUCAGUCGAGUCGAUUGUCGUCAUCAGUUAGUGCUAUGCGAGUUCUGAACACGGGUUCUGAUGUGGAAGAGGCAGUAGCAGAUGCUCUGAAGAAGCCUGUGCGAAGAAGAUACGAGACUUACGGGAUGUACUCGGAUGAUGAUGCCAACAGUGAUGCAUCAAGUGCCUGUUCAGAAAGGUCCUAUAGCUCUAGGAAUGGGAGCAUACCAACAUACAUGAGACAGACAGAAGAUGUGGCUGAAGUCCUGAAUCGCUGUGCCAGCUCCAACUGGUCAGAGAGAAAAGAAGGCCUUCUAGGCCUGCAAAACUUGUUAAAGAACCAGAGAACUUUAAGUCGUGUUGAGUUGAAAAGAUUGUGUGAAAUCUUCACAAGGAUGUUUGCUGAUCCUCACAGUAAGAGAGUGUUCAGUAUGUUUUUGGAGACGCUGGUGGACUUCAUCCAGGUCCAUAAAGAAGAUCUGCAGGACUGGUUGUUCGUGCUGCUGACACAGCUGUUGAAAAAGAUGGGUGCUGAUUUGCUUGGCUCUGUGCAAGCAAAAGUUCAGAAGGCACUCGAUGUCACAAGGGAAUCUUUUCCAAAUGACCUCCAGUUCAGUAUUUUGAUGAGAUUUACUGUUGACCAGACCCAAACACCUAGCCUGAAGACAGUCAAGCCAGCACUGCAGGACCAGCUUCGCUCUUUUUGGAGCUCAAAGGUUAAAGUUGCAAUCCUUAAAUACAUAGAGACUCUUGCACAACAGAUGGAUCCGGGAGAUUUUGUAAACUCAAGUGAAACUAGGUUAGCAGUGUCUCGAAUCAUCACCUGGACCACAGAACCUAAAAGCUCAGAUGUUAGGAAGGCUGCACAGUCAGUGCUGAUCUCUCUUUUUGAACUCAACACUCCAGAAUUUACAAUGCUGUUGGGUGCUUUACCAAAAACAUUUCAGGAUGGAGCCACAAAGCUUCUCCAUAAUCAUCUCCGGAAUACAGGCAACAGUGGUCAGGGAUCAAUGGGAAGUCCUUUAACAAGACCUACUCCACGCUCCCCAGCAAGCUGGUCAAGUCCUCUCACAUCCCCAACCAAUACAUCACAGAACACCUUGUCACCAAGUGCAUUUGAUUAUGACACUGAAAACAUGAAUUCUGAAGAUAUUUACAGCUCUCUUCGUGGAGUCACUGAAGCCAUUCAGAAUUUCAGCUUCCGUAGUCAGGAAGAUAUGAACGAGCCUGUAAAAAGGGAGUCCAAAAAAGACGAUGGUGACUCGAUUUGCAGUGCUUCGGGAAUAGCAGGAGGUGGUGGGAGUGACACCGGCCGAACAGCUCUGGAUAACAAAACCUCCUUACUCAACACGAUGCCUCCCCACUCCUCCCCACGCUCACGAGAGUAUAACCCAUACAAUUAUUCAGAUGGUAUCAGUUCAUUUAAUAAAUCUGCUUUGAAAGAAGCCAUGUUUGAUGAUGAUGCAGAGCAGUUCCCUGAUGAGCCUCCUAUGGACCAUUCUGACCUGGUUGCAGAGUUACUGAAAGAGUUAUCAAACCAUAAUGAGAGAGUUGAGGAAAGAAAGGCUGCCCUGUAUGAGCUCAUGAAGUUAACUCAGGAAGAGUCCUUCGGUGUUUGGGAUGAGCACUUCAAAACCAUUCUACUUUUGCUGCUUGAAACACUUGGAGAUAAGGAGCAUGCAAUUAGAGCUCUGGCAUUGAAAGUUCUAAGGGAAAUUCUAAGAAACCAGCCAGCAAGGUUUAAGAAUUAUGCAGAGCUCACCAUCAUGAAGACAUUAGAAGCACAUAAGGAUCCUCAUAAGGAGGUGGUGAGAUCUGCUGAAGAAGCUGCUUCCAUGCUGGCCACUUCCAUUAGCCCAGAUCAGUGCAUCAAAGUUCUCUGUCCGAUUAUCCAAACUGCAGAUUACCCCAUUAAUCUGGCUGCAAUCAAAAUGCAGACAAAAGUUAUAGAAAGAGUAUCUAAAGAAACCCUUACUCAGCUUUUACCAGAGAUUGUGCCAGGUCUAAUACAGGGUUAUGAUAAUUCAGAGAGCAGCGUUCGUAAGGCAUGUGUUUUCUGCCUUGUAGCCAUUCAUGCAGUAAUUGGCGAUGAACUAAAACCACAUCUCAGUCAACUCACUGGCAGUAAAAUGAAAUUAUUGAACCUUUACAUCAAACGUGCACAAACAGGCUCUGGACCAGGGGAUGCCACUGCAGAUAUGGCUGGACAAAGCUAAUGAAGCUGACAAGAGUCACCCAGGUCUCCUAAAGCAAGGGCACGGCCCUCUGCCGUGAAAGGAAAAUUCUUGCAUACAACUUCUGGAACUUUUUUCUUGGGUUUUUUUCCCUUUUUUUUCUUUUUUUUUUCCUUUUUUUUCUUUCUUUUUGUUUUGUUUUAUUUAACCCAUGGCUGCCCUCAGCCUGCAUGUGACUGUUGCAAUAGAAUUACUCCAGAUCCAAGGAAAAACAGUAUUAACAUCAGUUGAUCAAAGCAGAAUAAAAUCUAACAUUAUCUAAUCCAUCAGCUAUCCUGUUCACAAUCCUCCGUGUCUUCCCAUUAACUUUUGCCAGUGUUACUGUAUGAAAAAAGAGGUUUUUUUAAAUGCUAAUUAAAAAGUAUGCUUUAAGCUUCAGAAGUUAAACUCUAAGUUCUGUUGCUUGUUGCAGAUAACAUUACUUUUUUAUUGCUCUUUUGAGUAUCAUGUCCUUCACUAGAAACAAGAAGUGAUGUGAAACAAGGCUGAACUAGUCUGAACUGCAGUGAGACUCGUUCACUGUGGUGGUGGUUCAUCAUUAUCUACAGCUUGUUUGGGGUAUUCUGGAGAUUGAGAAAUAUGCCUAUAACAAAAAGCUGGAUUGAUCCAGUUCUGUAAAAGUGAUAUUGUUCAUUGGUUGUAUGUUUGUUGCAUAAAUAAGAAUUUAGUGUGCACAGCCCAGGACUGGUACAACCAGUACCUCUUCCUGUGGGAGACAGCCCUUUCAGGGUAGCAUUGCUGACCUGGUGAUAGUGUGGCAGUCUGCUUUGUUGCAGCAGAGUUAAUGGUCACUUGAUGGACGUGAACCAUCCUUGUCACCUUUCGUUCUUCAAGCAGGAUGCUUCAGAAUGGAGUGCUCUGCCCAAGCAUGCUCAGUAUGUAUUUAUCUUUAUCACUAGAAUGUUUCCUCUCAACCUAAUUGCUGGAACAAGUAGUCUUGUAUUGUAACUCACAUGGGAUUUUAUGACAACAGUGCAGAAAACUAUUUAUUCGUUACCUUCCUAAAAGCACCAAGAUUUUCUGCAUUGAAUUUAAAGGUGGGGGAGGGAGGGGAAUAGUCACAACUGCUAUGGACCUUGCCACCUUUUAAUUAAAGAUAAAAAUAUAUAUAUUUUGGAUGAGUUGGGAAAGCUGCACCAAAUUACUUGCAUGGUUUUCUUGAAUAGCAUCCUCAAGACCCAUCUGGAUUAAGGUGUGGAAAUGGUUCCAGGGUUUGUUUUUCCAUUUUUGAAAAAGAGUUAGUUUAUUGUGAAUAAUGGUUCUUUGUAUUUAUGAACUUGAUAAUGGAAAGAGAGCAAAGAUCAAGUAAAUGUGUUCCUAAAUGUUGUCUUUUUCUUUUUUCCUUUCCUUUUUCUUUGUUUUUUUUUCCUUUUUUUUUUGGUUUUGGACAUAAGCAGCAAGCUGAUAACUAAGAAUUGGGGUGGAACUGCCCUUCCCAGGAAUGGGGGAACCUUAUUUUUCCCUGAUUUCUUUUCCCUGUGACUGUGAUGAUGUCUAGUUGUAGGAACUGUAUCCUGAUAAGAGAGAAAAUAGUGGUGCCAAGGAUGAUGAUCUGUGCUAGGCUAAAAUUCUCUCUACCUCUUCAGGGUGACUAAUUCUUGACCGAGCUGCUGCAUAUAGCACCCAGUGGGAGAACUAUCUACAGAAAAUCUUUAUUUUCUUUUUUUUUUCCCCCAAAUUAUCACUUUAUGUGUAUUCAAAACUCUAUUCUUCAGCAUUGCAGCCAAAUAUCAUAAGAAACUCCUUAUACACUUUACUUGCUAGGAACUGAAAAGCAAAAGUGAGUAACAGAUGCUUGUAGUUACAUGAAAGGUUGUUUUCACUUUAGUUUGAAGUGAAUGCACUAGAAAGAGGUAAGAUGUGGUUGUUAAAGAAGCAAUGCCAUUGCAGAGAUUUAUCUGGAGGAAAAGUUGUAGAAAUAUAUGUAAAGACUUAAAACCAAGACUGUCCUAACUCGCCACUCGCCCUUUUUAGCAGCUACAUCAAGAAAAUACUAUCUCCUCUUUCUUUCCUUUGUAUGUGUAACAUCCUUGUUGUUUUCUACUGUUUAAUUACAUUGUGUAUUUAUAGUUCUAUGCUUACCAUUGUGCAUAUACUGGCAAUAAAAUGUACAUAACAUUACUUAAAAAAUUAGCAAU